GUUGAAUGAUUAACAGUAUAUUAUAGAGAGAACGACUUGGUCCAAAGGAUAGAAGAAACCGAAAAUGGUGCCAGGCGAUAAAGGGAAGACAUAGGAGUUUUGAUGUCAUUCAACCUGCGAGUGGUUUGCGGAAUACUGUUGUCUGUCAGCGUGGGGGCAUGAGUGAGCAGUAUUUUUAGAGAUAAAAGCCAUUUAUUUAUCCGACAAAUCAGUCGUUCCGAUUUUCCAACAGCAUGAAGGAGUCCGUUCUUCUCUUCUGUGUUGUGUCAGUCGGCAUAGUCACUGCAUCACGAGGGAGUGACCAGUGUUGGGCCGUUAAUUUCGGCCAGGACUCGGUGGUGUGCCAGUGCAACUCCACAUACUGUGACUCCGUUGGUCAGGUGGUCGUGCCCGUUCUCGGACAGUACCUGGGAUUCCUCAGUAGCAAGGCUGGGAGCAGGUUGGAGAGGAGACAUGGCCCGAUCCAACCAAACAGCACCGGUGCAGUUCUCAGGCUGACUGUAGUACCAGACCAGAAGUAUCAGAGGAUCAAAGGUUUCGGGGGGGCCAUGACGGACGCGGCGGCCAUGAACAUUCUGUCCCUGUCGCCCGGCGCCCGGGAGCAGCUCCUCCAGCAGUACUUCUCUCCCGACGGUAUAGAGUAUAAUGUGAUACGUGUACCCAUGGCGAGCUGUGAUUUCUCCACACGGCUGUACACAUACGCUGACUCACCCGGCGACUACCAGCUUCACAACUUCUCCCUGGCUCCAGAGGACACUCAGAUGAAGAUUCCCCUGAUACAAAGGGCCCAGGCCCUGUCUCAGCGCCCACUCUAUCUCUUUGCCAGUGCCUGGAGCGCCCCCGCCUGGCUGAAGACAAACGGCGCGCUCACUGGCAAGGGCUCCCUCAAGGGCAAAGCAGGAGGCAGAGAACACAAGACCUGGGCCCAGUACUAUAUCAGGUUUCUGGAGGAGUAUGGGAGGUAUAAUCUGUCCUUCUGGGCGCUGACCACAGGAAACGAGCCCAGCGCAGGACAGAUGACAAACUACAGCUUCCAAGCUCUGGGCUUCACCGCAGAGACGCAACGCGAUUGGGUGGCAAUGGAUCUGGGCCCCGCCCUCCACUCCUCCCCCUACGCCAAGACCCAAAUAAUGAUUCUGGACGACCAGAGGAUUCUGCUGCCCCGCUGGGCUAAAGUGGUACUGAGCGACAUUCGGGUGGCGCGGUACGUCCACGGGGUCGGCGUGCACUGGUACUACGACCGCUUCGUUCCCGCGGACAUCACCCUGGCAACCACACACCACCUGUACCCGGAGUACUACCUGUUCGCUACGGAGGCCUGCGCCGGGUGGACUUCCUUUGACCGCGGAGUGAGACUGGGCAGCUGGAAAAGGGCGGAGGACUACGCCCAUGACAUCAUCGAGGACUUGAACAAUUAUGUAACAGGGUGGACUGACUGGAACUUGGCACUGGACCCUGGCGGAGGUCCCAACUGGGUCAAGAACUUCGUGGACAGCCCAGUCAUCGUCGACAAGGGCCGAGACGUGUUCUACAAGCAGCCCAUGUUCUACAGUUUGGCCCAUUUCAGUAAGUUCCUGUGGGAGGGGUCUCAGAGAGUGGGCGUGUCCACCAGUCACCACACAGCACUGGAAAGCUCCGCCUUCCUCAGGCCAGACGGAACAGUGGUGCUGAUCAUUCUAAACAGGUCGGAUUCAGACAUAGAGUUUGAAGUGUGGGAUCAGACCCUCGGCUACAUUCCAACCACCAUUCCACAGCAUUCCAUACUCACACUCCUAUGGAAAACACACUGACUGUCACUGUAACACACACACGCACGCGUACACACACACACACACACCGCAUUCCAUACUCACACUCCUGUGGAAAACACACUGACUGUCACUGUAACACACACGCGCACACACACACACACACACACACCGCAUUCCAUACUCACACUCCUGUGGAAAACGCACUGACUGUCACUGUAACACACACACGCACACACACACACACACUCCAUGAUCUUUAGCAUUUCAAGCCCAGCCUAAACGCAGAGGACUGUACACCUGUGACGUGUCAGUCACAGCCUGACUGCAGUAACAGCAUUAGACAAAGCAAAGCUUUUUCCUCAGAGUGUCAUGUCUGUGAUGUGUCAAUCACAGUCUGACUGCAGUAACAGCAUUAGUCAAGCAAAGCUUUUUCCUCAGAGUGUCAUGUCUGUGACGUGUCCCGGAGG